AUGAAUCCUCACCAGGCUCUAGCCAUCGCACAGAUCGUCUUCUACGCUCCGGUAGUCCCAAUCGCCUUUUAUGUUGGGAUCCGCGCCUGGAAAUAUGGCCCCCGUAUGGCGUGGUACCCUCCGAUGCCCUUUGCCUUGGUAAGACUUGCUGGAGGCAUAUUGGUACUCGUCGAGCAACAUAACCCGCGAAACACGGGAAUAAUCAUCGCCACAAUUGUUUUGCUCAACAUUGGUCUCAUCCCUCUGAUCAUGACCUUCCACAGCUUGACCCGUCUGAUCAGACUGCAAACGAACUACAGCGAUGGGAUACUGAUGAAAGUUUUCGUCAAGGGAACUCGACUCCUCAUCUUCGUCGCUGUCGGUCUUCUUAGUACCGCAGGCGGUUUCACGGGCGACCCAGCCAACGCGCACAUUCAGUCAACAUUGUCCAAAGUAGCAUAUUUCGAAUUUCUGUUUGUCAUCAUGGCCCUGAAUUCCAUGUGCCUCGCGCUGUAUGCAAGACAGCGGCACGCUAUCAAACAAAGUCAGCACAUAUACUUGAAGUGGCUGCUGAUAGCCUGCCCUCUCCUCUAUGUGCGUGUGACGUACGGACUCCUCGGCGUGUUCAACGCUAUUGGCAACAACAUGUUCACAUCGCUUUGGAGUCCGCUCUGGGGCUCUGCUGUGGCCUUUGCGCUCAUGGCCCUCUUGCCGGAAUAUCUCGUGCUCGGCAUCUACCUAUAUCUCGGGCUUCACCGAUCCCAAACUUGCACGUUGGAGUCAGUCGUAGAUGAACGACCGGUGACAAAGCAGCCUCGGACAAAAGCUGACGGCGAAGACGGUGUAUGCUGA